AUGGAGGCGGUAGGUAAUACUGCGAACAUAUCUCACGCCAUAUUUCAAUUCCUACUUCAUGCACAAAAAGCCAGAGAAUUUAAGGAUGAAUUCGAAAGACACCAGCUGAGACUCAACAUUCUCCAAGUGCGCCUCUCCCGUCAGAUUAAGGCUUUGCGACACAUCGACAACGUGCAAAGCGGAAGCAGCUGUUUAACCGUACAAGUCAAUGAAAAAUCAUCCACCUCAUUGGAGAUUGCAGAAAAAGAACAAGGAUCGUUGGCAGAAAUUCUUGCCGCUGUUCAGCGUACUCUCUCUAAAGCUCAGCGGGACGCUACCAAGAUGAGGACCAAUCUCGUCGGCGGCCCCCCACUACUAGACGAACAACCGGGACAGCUCCGAGGCCUAGCAUUUCUUGAUAAGCGCAGACUCCAGACGGCAAAAGCAAUUGGCAGAGUGCAAUGGGCCAUCUAUAAGAGAGACCGUUUUGACAGAAGCAUAGCAGAUAUCGCUGCGCUAGUUGCUGAUCUCGAGAACUUAGCCAAAAAUCCAGCGUAG